AUGGUAAAUCCACAUCCGAAUGGUCUCCUACGCGGAUUUGGGGAAACCAUAGAUGAUUGCCAACUGGCACAGAUGCCCAUGCAAGGAUAUCCGUAUACGUGGAAGAAGAGAGAGGGGACAGAGUACUGGUUGGAGGAGAGGUUAGAUAAGGUGCUAGUAACUGAGUCAUGGAGGAGUUUGAAUGUACAGGCCAGUGUAUUAAACAUGCUGACGCGCAGGUCUGAUCAUUCGGCUCUGUAUCUGGGAAUCCGGGAUGAUAUAAGGGGAGUGGGGCAUAGGGCAAACAGUUUCAUGUUUGAAAUGGCUUGGCUACAUGAUGAGGGGUGUAGGGAGGUGGUGGAGAGGGAAUGGGGAGAGGGGAGAGUAAUGGGUUUGCAGGAUUGUCUCCAGCUGUGUGGGAGGAGGUUAACUGCCUGGGGGGAAGACCGUUUUCAUAAGUUCGGGGCCCAAAUUAAACGGUUGCUCAAACAGCAGGACCGGCUGAGGGGAAGGCGGGAUUUAGCUUCAUUGGUUGAGUUUCGUCAUCUAGAGGCUGAGUUGUGUAAAUUGGAGGCAAUGGAUGAUGCAUUCUGGAAGCAGAGGGCAAAGCAACAUUGA